AUGUCGGACGCUCGCCGUGCUCAAAGCUCCAAGCGCAAGAGCCGCGAUGGCUCUACUGAUGUUCAUCCGCGAAAAAAGCAGCACCGACAGACCGAUGCCGUUGCGGAGGAUCGCUCGUCCGAAGACUCCGAGAGUGAUAUGGAUCACCGCGCACCUAAGUCAAAGAAGAGCUCAAAGAGUGAUUCUGUUCCCAGAAACGAGAAGGAAUAUCCCUCAGUAAAUGAGCUGAAGAACCGUAUCCGAGGUGUGAAGCGUCUGCUCAACAAAGACUUGCCUGCAGAUGCGCGGAUUGUGCAGGAGCGCGCAUUAGCUGGCUACGAGCAAGAUCUUGCGGAUGAAUUGGCGCGACGAGAGAGAUCGAAUAUGAUUAAGAAGUACCACUUUGUGAGAUUUUUGGAUCGCAAGACAGCGACUAAGCAACUCAAGCGCCUUGAGCGUCGUGAGAAGGAGAAGGACCUCAACUCAGAACAGAAAGAAAGUCUGGCCCAGAAAAUUCAUAUCGCUCGCGUCAACCUCAACUACACCAUUUACUACCCUCUCACGGAGAAAUACCUUUCACUUUAUCCCAAAUCGCACGAGUCUUCCGCCGAGGGUGACCACAAGCCCGACUCUGGUACCGACUCCAAGGAUUCAAGCAAGAUCCCCGAAGGCCAGCGACCACCAAUGUGGGCUAUUGUUGAGAAGUGCAUGGAAGAGGGCAAGCUGGAUGAACUUCGGGAAGGCAAGCUGAACAUUGGGCCUGAUGGUCAAAAGAUUCAAGCCUCUGCUAAGAAAGUUGUUGUUCCAAGUGAUGAAAAGAAGGCCAAAGAUAAAAAGCCGACCAAGGAGCCCAAAGCGUCAUCCAAGCCUGAUUACAAUCCUCCGGUGGCGGAUUUGGAGAAGCUCAACAGAAGACAGCGCCGCAAGGAGUUGCAAAAGGCCCGUGAGCUGGCUGCUCAAAAGGCCGCCGAAGAAGCCGGUGACGAUGGAUUUUUCGAAAUGUAA